AUGAGGUGCAGCAAUGGUACCCAAGACUUUGCGAGGACUGCAAACGGCGAGCUGAAUCAAACGGAGCCGGACAGCUGCACUAGGAAGAGGAGCUUUGACCGGCUGACGUCCCCAGCAGCCUGGUCAAAGGCCUGGCAGAGGGGUGGGAAAACGACAGAUGAUCCAGGGCGUCGGGACGGGUGGACGACUGGACGACUGGACGACAUUGUCGGCUGGGGGAUUGUUGGGCUGGGCUGCGCAAGUGUGACGACUGACAUGCCCGCCCCACCCUGCCCUGGCUAUCCAGACUAUCCCGCCAUCUUGCAGGGCCACCACCUGAAAACAACCCCUGCUCAGCGCAUCCCCAGCAUGUCCCAGGCAUCCUUGGACCGCGAGCAUCCACCCGACUGGCUGCGAUCCCACCUCGUCUCCUCUUGUCCUGCCUUCCCUGCCACCAACAGGCACAACGCCGCAGCCCUGGAGCCAAGUGAUCUUGACUUCCAUGGUUUCAAACUGCACACAAGCCCAGCGCCUACACCCCGCCCAAAGCCCAAGCCUCGGAACAACCACCCCGCCGCAGCGACCGCAAGCCCAUCACACCACCCCCGAUGGGAAAGGGAGACUAUGUCUUCUAGAGAUCGCGACGUCGAUGUCGACGACGUACCCAGGGAAAAGCGAUCCUCGAGAACCAAGGGCGACAGGGAGAGAACCAGAGACAAAGACCGUGAUAGAGAGUCCAGAAGGCACCACAAAUCCCACAAAUCCUCUAAUCCUGUCAUAGCCACAGGUUCCUACGUCUCUCAGUCCGGCUCCGCUCGGCGACACAAGCUUAGGGACGCUUCCUCCAAGAGCCGCAUCGAAGAACCCCUCGACGAGAACUCCUCAAUGACUGAUCUUGUGCCCGAGUUGAACCGGAGCAGGGACAGAGUCCACAUACCGUACCCGACCUUCAGCAAGGCCCACAGCAAGGAGUCUGUAGGCAGCAAAGAUGACCUCUCUACCAGCUCCGCCGCCGCUCCGGGGACCGGCACAGAUCCCUUGACUCCUGAGACUACGGAUCUUGGCGCAGGCGAGGACAUCAAGCGGUCAAAGUCGGCUGAUUUCGGUUCUAAGAGGAAGCUGUCACGCAAGACCAGCCGCCCUCCGAGUCCACCAGACACCAAUCUCUCCUCGGAAAAGAAGAGGACGACGGGCUCUGUCAGGCUGAAAGACACCGGGGAGGACAGGCCACGCUCAAGGACGUCUCACGUCUCGAGGUCGACAUCCAAGACAGACGAGACAUCCAAGGUCUCGAGGAAGUCCAAGUCGUCCAGCCAGGCCACCUUCGUCAAAUCACCAGACUUUAAAGCUCCGUAUGCCGAGACAGAUACGGCGGGCAGCGAGCGUGGCCCACGAUCUGCCGCUACGUCGGUUACGACAAAGAGGUCUGUCUCCGGCAAUACGCUCAGGCCGCCCGGGUCCGAUCCAAUCGAUGUCAUCGACGACUCUCCGGAGUCCGCUCAGGAGUCCUCCUCCCCAAAGACCCCAACGAACACGACCCCUCAGUUCCCUCCGCCUCCCAUGUUCCACGAUGACAAGCACGGCAUACCGUAUCACAUGCGCUUUGAACGCCCUCAACAAGCUCCCACACCGGCCACGGACGUGAGCAAUGCACAGAACCCGCAUCCUCCCCCACCACCUCCUCCACCCCCGUUGAAUAUUCAGGAGGCCCCUAGGGUCGACUAUCUCAUGCAAAACGGUGGCCUUGCGAACGUUGUGCCGAAGAACUUCCUGGCCGUUCUGCCUAGACAAAAUGGGACACGGCCUUCCAAUCCUCCGCUCCGUGGCGCGGAAACGCUCUUUGCGCCAUUUUUCAACCUGCUGGACCAGUACCAGGAUGUAUUGACCAACCGCGGCUCCAUAGCUGUGGCCACGGGUCAUCGAACGGUGGCAAGGAGGCUGCUUGACCGAUUGGAGGAUGUUUUCAACAGGGAUUUGCCAGAUGAGGGAUGCAGCUGCAUAAUGUGCGAGCGAGAUGCGGAGAGGCAUCGCGGUUUAGGUUGGGGAGAGGUUUUGGAGAGGGUCAGCGGCCGUGUAGAGAUCCCAUCCUGGCCGCCGUUUGACAUAGGGACUUUGGGAGUCAAGGCACCUGAAGAUACUCCCAGCGAGCCCCCACGGCCGUCUUCGCCUGUGAAAAUCGACCCCGACAUUGCGGAGGAGUUCAGGGAGCAUUAUCUCCGUCAAUCCAAGAAGGUUAAGGCAGCCGUGGACCGAUGGCUGACGAACUGUGCCGAGGCUCCUGCGCCUCCCCCUCAGGAUGUUGACGACGAGACCCUCACGUUCGCGAUCCUCACAGCCCUAGACCAUGAGGAUCGACCUUACUUCAAUGCCCUCCUCACCGGGGCCCGAGAACUCCAGCCCGCCCUCCGAGCGCCAACGCCCUUGCGCAAACCCCGUGCGGAUCUCGUGAUCAAGUCUGGUCUGGCUUUGCAGCGGUUGUACAGGCUACCGCAGGCACCACGCGAUGCUGAAACGGUGUGCUACCUUGUCAAGCACCCACAAAUGCAUGAUUUACUCAGCACGAUAUGUGACAUCAACCCACCCGAAUGGGAGAUCCUCAUAUCAGGUCGCUUCGACGGGUUUCUCUGGUCAGGCGCCGAUGCCGACGAUGAUGACGCUGUCACACCUACAGCGGGCCCGUCGCGGGGCGCGACACCAAACUUUUUCCCACAGCGCGGCCCUCCUUCUCGUGGAGCAACCAUGAGUCCGAAUAAUAUUGCUCGAUUCACACCGGCGUUGGGUAUCGGCACGAGAAACACUACCCCUUUCUCCAGGGGCACCACCCCUGCGUCAUUCGUAUCUGGCGCAAGUUCUGCGUAUCCAAAUAGACAGGCCGUCUCUAACGACGAAGAGUCCGAAAUUGCAGUCCUGGCCGAACUCGAGCGGGAAAUCUACGUCGGCAUGGAGGCCCUGGAAGACGCCUUCGAGACUCUGCACCAGCGUGCUGAGCUCGUCCGCACAGCCCUCCGGCAGCGUGGAGCAGGCCUCUCCAUGAGCUUGCAGCAGCGCCGCGGCUAUGGUCUCGCCUCGGACGCAAACGGCGGUAUCCAAGUCCUUCCCCAGAGCGGUGGGUCCGUGCCUGGGAUGGACCGGCCCCAGUGGGCGGACACAGAGAGCCUCGCCUCCGAGUCGACAGACGAUUGGGGUAUCGAUGCGGACUGGGAGUUGCGGCCUGACGAUUCCGCGAGUAACAUUUCUAGUUCCCGACAGCGGAGGCCGAAGAGGCGCGACGAGAGGAGGAGUACCCCUGCACCAAUCAGGGAGGAGGAUGAGACGUAA